AUGCGAGACCAGGAGAAGUGCGAUGUUGCUUACGUGAUUUUAGGUAUAUUUAUAGCCUUUUCAAUUCUUGUUAUUGCAUUAUUAGAUCCGAGUUCCACCCACUCCUACGUUUUCUAUGACCUUGUUCAAGAGAGAAAUAUUCUAGUCGAAGAUUUAGAGAUAGGGGUCAGAGUGUCUAGUCGUAGGGGAUUAGAUGUUUUGAUUGAUAAGGUUCACUGUCGUUGCCCCGUAGAGCUUCAUGAUGAUGGAACCAAAGUAGUGAUGACCAUUGAGAUAUCGGGUUACAUUACGAAGGUUGUUUUUGCAGUCAGGGCUCAGAGAUUAUUGAGUCAAGGGUGGGUGCGAAGCCUUCUUGGCUCAUGUGGUAUACAUGCAAGGUUAUAUUCCAAUGCUGGAGGUAUUCGUACCGUGCAAGAGUUCUCUGAUAUAUUUUCGAAUGAGUUACCGGGGUUACCACCAGACCGUGAGGUUGAGUUCAGCAUAAAGGUUUUUCCAGGUUCAACUCUGGUGUCCAUUACACCCUAUCAUAUGGCACAAACAAAGUUGAAGGAGUUAAAGAAUCAAAUUCAUGAGUUGUUGGGGAGGGGUUUCAUUCGAUCAAGCAUUUCGCCUUAG